GUAUGGUCCCUAAAGGUUGAGUCGUAUGGUUCUACAUCGUACAGAUAUUAGACCUUGGAUUUGGGCUUGCGGGAUUUCUGCCAGGUCCCGAUCUAGCUAUUUCCCCGAACGUUUGGCUUAUAUUGAUCUAUGGCUACUUUGUUACUGAAAUCCUUGCAGUCUGCCUCUCGGAACGCGUGUAGGCAAUCGGCUCCAUGUCUACAUAAAACCCUCCGGUGUCUGUCGGUGGGAUGCGGUCGGCUGGCCUCGGACCUGCCGGCCAAGGGCGAGCCGGCGCCAGCUGUGCCCGGCUUGAUCACUGUGGAGGGCGCUGAGGAUCUGAGCGCCAUCAGCGGUCACCCGGCCGAAGAGAUCCAGACGCGCCGGGUGCGGGUGUAUCAGCCGGCCAAGAACGCCAUGCAGUCGGGCACGGACAACCUACGGCGUUGGGUGCUGGAUUUCGAUACGCAGGAGCGAUGGGAGAACCCUCUGAUGGGCUGGGCUUCCACCGCGGACCCGCUAUCCAACAUGCAGGUGGACUUCGCCACCAAAGAGGAGGCUAUCGCCUUCUGCGAGAAGAACGGCUGGGACUGGGCGGUGGACGUAAAGACGCCUGUCAAGCCCAGGGUCAAGUCGUACGGCGCCAACUUCUCCUGGAACAGGAACACCAGGACGUCCACCAAGUGAGCGUGCCUACGUAGCGGAUGUGUGACGCGUUGCGGGCAAUGCUGUCUGUACAUAGUAUGUGUUCAAUAUAUGAUGACUAAGGCGCCUGCCUUGUCCGUGAUGAGAA